AUGAACACCAAACACCAAAGUUCAACUCGGAAUUGGGUUCUCACGCACCCGUCCUAUCGAUUACUUCGUACCAGCGACGAGUGGGCGGCCGGCGCGCCAGCUCGGCUCAGGGUCCUCACCACCUCGCGGCAGGUUUUCAUCCCUUCGACUUACUCUCGAGUUGUUCCCCAAAAUCGACCAUCUUGCGAGCUCACCCAACCCAGGACUACACGGAGGGACUUGCAGCUUGAGGUGUCGUCACGGGUCGCAAUCCCGACGAGCUGA